AUCAUUUUACCUCUUUCCUCGACACACGAUGGCACCGUCAAUCAUCACCUCAUCCAAACCCGUGCAAAUGAUUAAUUAACAGAAGUUAAAAAGACGCUUGUAGUGUCAAAGAGGUUCAUAUAUCGUCAAAGCUUCGAUCAAACAUUACCAGCGAUAACCAGCCAAGUUUUUCAAUUGCCAAUCCUAUACUUCAAGAUGUUCACAAGAGGUAUUUUACUGCUGAUGAGCAUUUUACGGUGUUCUUCAAUGCCAGAUCAUAUGAUAGAUACGUGUUCUGAUGGAGGAAGAAUGUAUAAACCUGGUGAAAGGUUUAUUUCUGUUGAUUGUUCUGGUUCAUGUGUUUGUGGUCGGGAUGGAGGUGUAUCAUGUGUCAGUCUGUGUCCGCCCAAAGAUAUUAGAUGCAAGAUGGAUGAGGAAAAAGUUCCGUUUUCACGUAGUAUAGCCAACAGUACUUGCAAAUGUCCAGAAUGGCGAUGUGAGAAAAGAAAAAUUAUAGGCUUUCGCUCUCCAGCGAAGAUGGAUGUUUGUGUUGAUGGUAAUAAUCAUUAUAAUCCCGGAGAAAAAUUCAUUUCUGCAGAUUGUACAGGCCGCUGUACAUGCUUCUCAGGAAAGAAAGUUGGAUGCGAGUCUUUGUGCCCAACAGUUAAAGUAAUCUGUAAACCUGGUGAGAUCAAGAAACAAUGGAGCGAGCAAAUUCCUGGUAGUAAAUGUUCUUGCCCAAGGUGGAUAUGUGUCAAGAAAGCUAAAGAAUUCUGCGAGUUUAAUGGAGAAAAACACAAAAUCGGAGAAUAUUUUGUACCAAAAGAUUGUUUUGGAUACUGUCGAUGUGAUGGACCCGAGGCAAUUGGAUGUGUGUCUCUAUGUCCACCGCAUGGUAUAUACUGCACACCAGGCACACGAAAAGUAAGGACAACUAUACCUGUAUGGCCAGGAAGAAGCAACUGUACAUGUCCUUCUUGGAAAUGUGUGAAAGUUAAAAGUAUGUGGUACUCUUGGUCAAAUUGGACAGAAUGUAACGCAAAGUGCGGUGGUGGUAUACGCUAUAGAUUUAGGAAAUGCAUGGAAAACAAAAUAUGUAUCGGACCGAGUGUAGAAACAGAGGUCUGCAAUCAAUCACCUUGUAAUCCAUCCUAUGCAGAUGCUCCAUGUGGCGCACUGAGAACAAAUUCGGCCAAAAGUGGUGUUUGGCCUCGCUGUGAUAAACAAGGGUACUUCGAACCUUUACAGUGCGACCCAAGUAAAAGCCAGUGUUGGUGUGUUGAUAGAUGGGGCAUUAUUGUUCCGGGCUCAACGAGCAUUUCCCAUAAACCUCAAUGUAAUUAGAACGAUAUUUUAAAGACAGUGUCGCGUUCAUCCUCGAAGAUUGACAACCACUGCAUACAAGAAGAAGUAUUAUUAUCUGAACAUAGAUUCGUGAAUUGACUUAAUAGAAAGGCAUGUUCAAAGUGCACUAAAUUUGCAUUUGUGGCAUACUCUAAUAAACUUGUAUAAUCAUUGAAA